AUGCAAAAGGCACAUAAAGAACUUCGUGAGCAAACCGUCGUACCGAUCGAAGGCCAGUAUUUGGAUGUUCGCGAAAAACGUAUCGAUAUACUACCGAUAGUCGACAAUAAAGAAUUGAGGAAGGAUUUAAUCGCGCGCAUUGAGGCUGUUACUCUGAAAAUGAUAGAACAAAUAUCUGCCGGACGAGCACCGUGUGUAUCGCAUUUUAACAGCCGGAACGUUAUUUCGAAGUCGAGAACACGCGAAGAAAACGUUUAUCCAGGAUGUUCAACCGAUGCCAAUUUUGUCGAAGAGCAAGAUGCGAAUAUAAAAAGUUUGAAAAAUUCUAAAAAGACUAAGGUCAAUUUUGCGGUGAAACAGAGCAGAGAUAAAUUCGUUCUUAUGGCGGUGAUAAUGGCCGAGAUUCAUCGUUUAUUGCUAACCAACACGAGCAGAACUCAACGAUCGUUUUAUUAUGAUUUAAAGAGUGAAAAAACAACCAAAUAUUUGGUACCUCGUCAGAUUAAUAUCAACCGUACGUUGAACGAUAUCGCUAAUUUGUUAGAAUGCCCGCCGUGGAAUUUGAGAUUAUUGGCUACGGCUAAAGGAUUAGUGGCGGGAAAUAUGACCAUUACGUUAAUCGAUAAUCAAAUCAUCGAUUGUUCGAUACCGGGUGGCACGCAGAUCCCGCAAAGUAUUACGAAUAUAACUUUCAUUCGCGCGAAAGCCGAGUUUAUCUUGGUCAUCGAGAAAGAUACGAUCUUUCAAAAGUUGCUCGAAGAGAACUGCCCUAGCGCCUUAAAAUGCAUUUUAGUAACAGGAAAAGGCUAUCCGGAUAUAGCUACGAGGCUGCUGGUGAAGAUGCUGUCCGAGAAGACAGAUCUUCCUGUCUACAUCAUUGUAGAUGCGGAUCCUUUUGGCGUGGAUAUUAUGUUAACUUAUCGCUUCGGUUCGUCCACCCUUCGUAGAGAAAACAAGAACUUGGCUUGUCCUAACGCGCGCUGGCUCGGAAUCCAUCCUUCGGACCUGAUUGGUCUAGGAGCGAAAACAAGCCCGCUUACCAACGCCGAUCUCGUAAAAUUGAGAUCCAUCGAAGCCCGGGAUUACGUAAACGAAGCUAUAUCGAAGCAGCUGAACAUAUUGCGGAAUGGCAAGGCAGAAAUAGAGGCGGUAUCGUCUUUCUCAAAGAACUUUCUUACGGAAACGUAUUUAUCUUACAAAAUUGACGGCCAGGAUUAUAUUUAAAGCGUAAUUUGGUGAA